AGAAAAAAAUUGUCUUUCUGACGUUCGGUUCUCGUCUUGUGAUUAAUCGCAAGUUUUUUUCCAUUUGUUGGAUCGUUCAAAUUACUUCAACACAAAUUUCGAUAUGAAGAUUUGCGGACCAAAGCUGUCGCUGUGCGGAUUAAUCAUUUCCGUAUGGGGUAUCAUCCAGUUGACGCUGAUGGGAGUAUUCUACUACAUCCAUAGCGUUGCUUUGAUCGAAGAUUUGCCAUUGCUCGAACAUUACAGCGAUCCAAACGAGUUCUACGCAGCAGCUGAUGCUGCCUACAGUCAGAAUGCAUACAACUGUUGGAUUGCAGCCUGCAUCUACGUUCUAACUCUGUUGUUGUCUGGCCAACAAUUCUAUGCAAACAGUCGCACAGCAGUUUAAAGAUCAUCAUCAUCAUUCCACUUAAAUUGAGGAAAUUGAUUCGUUUUGUUUGGUUAUAAUUAUAAUUUAAGAGAAAUGAAAAUGUUAGGAGAUUUAUCAAAAUUGUAAUCGGUUCUGAUGAUGUCUCUGAUUGUAUGGUAACCACAAAUUUCACACCAUUAAACAAAACUUAUCUUUCCAAAAUUUAUAUUAUGUAAAUAAAUGAAGAAAAAAAAUGUUUUUUUUUUGCGUAUUAUAAAAUUGCAUUCAAAUGAAAAAUUGAUCAAAUUCCAAAUCUAAUUUGAAAAACUAAAAUUCUAUCUGUAUCAACGGCUAAAUAUAUGUGGCCAUUUGUUGAGUCAAAACAAAGAAUACAAUUUGUGUUAUUGAUAUAUAUUGAAUAUUUGAAUGGAAAGUAUUUUAUUUUUCGUUGUGGUCGAUGUAAAAUUAUUCAUUGUUUAUAGAGGCAACCAUUAAGAGAAUAAACAAUUUACUGUAUUUAA